AUGGGGUGGAGAUCAACCGUUCGGAAACUUGAUAUGUUUAGAAAGGUGCCAGUCGACCUUACUGAAGGUUCCAUCUGUGGUACAAUUCUCACAAUUGUUUGCUACAUCUUGGUGGCUGCUCUGGUAGCCCUUGAAUUUAAUAACUAUUUUACAAUUGAUACUCGAACUGAUUAUAUCAUUGAACAGCACGACGAUGAGUAUAUCCAAAUCAAUUUUGAUAUUACGAUGAAAAGCUUGUCGUGUGAUCUUGCUUCUCUGGACAUUGUAAAUCAGAUGGGUACGCACCGUAUCAAUGUCACUCAAAACAUUCGGCGCUGGCAAGUUUUUGAAAACGGUGUUUCUCGCGAGGUAUCUCCCAUGGAGCUGAAUCUCGACCUCAGCGAUCAAGAUGUCAUGAAGACCGAAACGGUCAGCACGUUGAUCAAAGGCACCCAGGCUUUCCAGCGCAUCACCUCCUCCAAGCCGGUGGUCCUCGUGAACUUCUUCGCUCCAUGGUGUCAUUGGUGCCAAGCGCUCGCUCCCAUCUACGAAGGCGUCGCGCAGCGCGUAGUCCAAGGCUCGCUCUCCGCCAACGUCAUCGUCGCCAAGGUCGACUGCACCGACCGUGGCAAUCGCGAUGUCUGCCACAUGAACCGAAUCCAGGCGCUGCCGACUCUGAUCGCGUUCACUCCCACCAGCCCCUACAAAUACACGCACUACCACGGCCAGCGCAGCGUGGACAGCAUCCUCGCCUUCUUGGAGGGAUUGCUGAAGCAGGCGGGCGACGUCGUGACCGCCAACCUCCCGCUUUUGAACCUCACCGCGGGGCAGGAGGGCUGUCGGCUGCAGGGCUCGCUGACGGUCCCGCGGAUGUCCGGGAAUUUCCACAUUUCGUGCCACGGGUCGCAGCGGUCGGUUCUGCCCGCGGAGAUCGACGUUUCGCACAUCGUAGAGGGAGCGGGGGCGUGGGAAGUAGGUGAACUCGCUGACGUUCGGCGACGAGCUGCGGCCGUAUGA